GUUACACCUGUCUCCUGAAGCUUGGCUCAAGCUAUUGUGUAUUUUUCCACUCUUACCAUUUCUCAUCGCUACACCAUCAUCUGGAGUUUCAGUUCUCGGUUACUUCCCCAAACCUAACGCUAACAGUUGGUCAGUCAGCGAUUUACCUGACCACGGAAUGAAAGCAUCACCCCAUACCUCCCCAAACAGGUAGUCUAACCUGACCACCUUUAUCUUUAAACGUUUGAAGGACUUGACAAGAAGGGAGAGGUGUGCAAUUGUAUCCAAAAUGGCACUAAUACAAGGAAACCGAGAAGUUCAGUUGAAGAACAUAUCUGAAGGGCUCGAAUGAAUUAAACCAAUGAACUAUUUAGAAAUGACAUUGUCGAACUGGGUUCGGAUCUGAACACUUCACACAGCUACAGGUGAUGGUAACGUACGGGCGGCUACCUACGUGACCGAAGUAAGGAGGCUACUAAUAUGACUUAGAGCGUUUUACACACACUGUUGUGUUUGAUAACCAUCACGCUAGCUGUUUUUUCACCAGUGUAAAUGGUGAGCCCAGGUUCCUUUGUUCCAUCCGGUUAGCCUUUUCUUUGGAAAAAUUGUCCUCACCUGGAAAAGCGAUACGGCGUGUACAAUCAUUUCUAGAGAUCAUUCACUCCUUUUGUCAGGUACGAUCGGAGGAGGGGUUCCCUCUGCCUUGCUACCCCCACCCCCAAUCCGCCUGAACCUAGCAAGGCAACGAUGUGGCGGUGUCUCUGGAUCAGCAGCAGAAGACAGUCAGCUGGGGAAAGCGCAACGCUGGUGGGAACCGAAAGAGCCCCCUCUCUGGGAAGGCACCAAAGUCGUCGGUUAGCAGUAACCAACCAGCUUCCCUGGGUAUUGUUGUCGAUGUCGGAUUGUUUUAAUUAAAGAUGGAAACACUGGAGUCGGAAUUAACUUGCCCAAUCUGCUUGGAGUUGUUCGAAGAUCCAUUACUACUUCCCUGCGCUCACAGCCUCUGUUUUAACUGUGCUCACCGGAUUCUUGUUUCUAAUUGCACCUCAAAUGAGCCAGUUGAUUCGACAACAGCAUUUCAGUGUCCAACUUGUAGGUAUGUUAUAUCUCUUAAUCACCGAGGCCUUGAAGGGCUCAAACGCAACGUGACUUUGCAGAACAUUAUUGACCGCUUUCAGAAGGCCUCUUUGAGUGGGCCCAACUCCCCCAGUGAGAGUCGCAGAGAACGAACUUACAGAAAGAGUCCAGCCAUGUCAGAGAGAAUCACUUGCCAAUUUUGUGAACAGGAGCCACCACGGGAUGCUGUUAAGACCUGUAUAACCUGUGAGGUAUCCUACUGUGACCGCUGUUUACGGGCCACACAUCCAAAUAAGAAACCAUUUACCAGCCAUCGUUUGGUGGAACCAGUGCCGGAUACCCAUGUGCGUGGGUUAACAUGUUUGGAACAUGAGAAUGAAAAGGUGAACAUGUACUGUGUAGCUGAUGAUCAACUUAUCUGUGCCUUAUGCAAAUUAAUAGGGCGUCACCGAGAUCAUCAGGUCGCAUCCCUUAGUGAUAGAUACGAAAAACUCAAGGUUGGCUGCCAGGAAGGCCCACCAUGGAGGAAGCUGGUGACAGGAUCGCAACAACGAUGCAGGAGGACUGAAGCAGAAACUAACUUCAGGGAGGGAGAGCAAGCUCUGGAAGUAAACCUCGCUAACCUUAUGAAGCGGAACAGUGAACUGGAGACCCAGAUGACGAAAUUAAUUCAGAUCUGCCAGCAGGUCGAGGUGAACACAGCAAUGCACGAGGCCAAACUGAUGGAGGAGUGUGAUGAACUGAUUGAAAUCAUUCGGCAAAGAAAACAAGUCAUUGCAGUCAAAAUAAAAGAAACUAAGGUCAUGAAGCUGAGGAAACUGGCUCAACAAAUCGCCAAUUGUAGACAGUGUCUAGAAAGAUCAACAGCGCUUAUCAGCCAAGCAGAACAUAGCCUGAAGGAGACUGACCAUGCUCGCUUCCUGCAGACAGGAAAAAAUGUAGCAGAAAGGGUUGCUAUGGCAACUGCCUCCUCUCAAGUCCUGAUUCCAGACAUUAACCUGAAUGAUGCGUUUGACAACUUUGCUUUGGAUUUCUCCCGGGAAAAGAAACUGCUGGAAGGGCUUGACUAUUUGACACCACCAAAUCCUCCAACUGUUCGAGAGGAGCUUUGCACUGCAUCGCACGAUACAAUCACAGUCCAUUGGACCUCCGAGGAUGAGUUUAGUGUCAGUUCAUAUGAGCUUCAGUACACCAUCUUUACAGGACAAGCCAACUUCAUCAGUGUGUACAGCUCUAUGGACAGCUGGAUGAUUGUUCCGAACAUCAAACAGAACCAUUACACAGUACAUGGUCUGCAAAGUGGCACCCGUUAUAUCUUCAUUGUCAAGGCCAUAAACCAAGCUGGUAGCAGGAACAGUGAUCCCGCCAGGUUAAAAACGAACAGUCAGCCUUUUAAGCUAGACCCCAAGACAGCACAUAAAAAACUGAAGCUGUCCAACGAUGGGUUAUCCAUGGAGAGAGAAGACUCGUCUCUGAAGAAAAGCCACACACCUGAAAGGUUUAGCAGUACUGGGUGCUAUGGAGUGGUGGGAAAUUUAUUUUUUGACAGCGGCUGUCAUUACUGGGAAGUGCUGCUUGGUGCAUCCACUUGGUAUGCCAUUGGUAUUGCUUACAAAUCUGCUCCAAAGAAUGAAUGGAUUGGUAAGAAUUCAUCAUCGUGGGUUUUCUCUCGCUGUAACAACAACUUUCUUGUAAGACACAAUAGCAAAGAAAUGCUAGUGGAUGUCAAUCCACAGCUAAAACGGCUUGGUGUUCUGCUGGACUAUGACAACAACAUGUUAUCGUUCUACGAUGCAAUGAACUCUCAGCACAUUCACACUUUUGACAUUUCCUUUGUCCUUCCUGUAUGCCCCACUUUUUCCAUAUGGAACAAGUCUUUAAUGAUCCUGUCUGGCCUGCCUGCACCUGACUUCAUAGACUAUCCUGAGCAGCAGGAGUGCAUAUGUCGGCCACAGGAGUCUCCAUACGUAUCCGGUCUUAAGGCUUGUCACUAGCCACGUGGAACAACAAUAAAAAAGUUGGAAACUGUGGAAUGCUACUGGGAAGAGGGCCUUGCUAAGGUGGCGAAACCCUACUGAUGGACUAGGCACAGUGGAACACACAGUGUUACUGUGAUCUGUUAACCCUCUUCUUGAUCCUUCCGGGCCCUGAAGUACAAAGGAACCUUCUCUACCUGGCAAGAAAUGGGGCCUGCCAUUUGGCACAUUAUUAUUCUUAUACCCCAUCUACCUGGCUAGAAAAGGGGCCUGCCACUUGGCAUACUGUUACUCUUAUACCCAUUUUACCUGGCAAGAAAUGGGGCCUGCCAUUUGGCACACUAAUACUCUUAUACCUCUUCAGUGCCAAACUAGAUGUGAACUGCUGUUUUACUUUUGUGUUUCUUCCAAGCUAGGGUGUUCAUAUAUCUCUUUAGAAGAUUAUUUCCUUUCUCACAUUGUGGUACUGACAGAUGGUAUUGGGUAUAAGAAGCUGCUAUAAUCCUAUUUAAGCUGUGUGUGCAGUGGCAACAAGGCUAGUCAUAGGCAAAUGGUGGCAAGGUAGUGAAUCUGAACUUCUCACAGAUGUAUUCUAGUAACUUGUUACUGGCAAAUACAAAGAGAUAAUAUAUCCAGCCUUGAUUUUGAAAAAUGAUAUGCUAUACUGAGUUUUUUCUCAGUGCUGCAAAAAACUGUUUGGGGGUACUACCCACAGUUUGCAGUUUGUUUGCUGGGGUAUGUAGCCGUUAACCACUACAGAUUUAGUAGUGUAUUCUGUGUUCUUAGCAUGGCAUAGCUCCUUGUGUUGUAGCUAUCUCUGUAUUGCAUGGUUUCAUAAGGAAUUCUGCAGAAUUAAUCAUAUACUUUAGUUAAAUUUACCUCACAGUCAGCCUUCCUCACCAUGUCCUACUACAUAGCUGUAUCUUGUUAAGAUUUAUUCUUAAAGCCAUUAAGCAAAAUUGUCCAAUCUGAAAUUUUAUUUGUAGAGAGCAGUAAUGUUUCUAUUUUUGUAAAAAAAAAAAAAAAAAGUAACUUUUUUAACAUUUCCAUGAAAACAAUGCAGUUUACUUUUAGAAAAAGAAUAAGAUGGGGCCCCAUUGUGAUGUUUUUACACCAGAUCCCUCAGUGAAACAGAUGGUUGCAGGCUAUGUUCCUUAAGGGAUUGGAGUUAUAGUGCUUGCAUUAUUGCUGUUAACCUGUGUGGUCUUAAUUUUCAGUAUACCUUUCUGUAGUACACUUUAAGAAAAGCUUGAAAUAAAAAAAUAUAUAUAUACCCACUGGAGCUGCCCCCCCAGUGAUACAGAAGGAGGAUUGUAUUUUUUUUGUCAUUUUUAUAUAUUUUUUUUAGUUUUCUAGCUGUGGUGGUAAGCAGCGACCAGCCAGUCUCUCUCCUGCUCAAUGGUCACUGGGUUGGUGGCAACAUUUUUUCCAGCUAGUAAUAUAUUUGGAUACCACUGUAUAUCUCUUCUGCUGUAUAGGCUGGAAAAUGCGUUGCAUUCCACUAAUGGAGGGCCACAGAAGAAAAACUGUAAUCCUAUGUAUACCAGGUACAGUUCUGUCUUGGAAUCCCUGCACAAAUAUAAAGCUAUGUAAUCAGGUGAAAUUAGUUAACUUUAUCUUAGAGACCGUGGUCAGCACUUGGGAGGUAAAUGGAAUAUAUAACAGAAAUGAUACAUAUGAGGAGGAGGAUAGUUUAUGCACAUGCAAGCCCACCUCCAUUGACAAAUAAUGUUUGCCGUCUCUCCUCUGCUAUUGCCUAAUGCAGAUUUUGUUCAAAUCUUUACCCCUACCAACCCACCGAGUACAGCAGCGACUGCUAAUAAGCAAUCAUUAUUUAAAAUCAAGAAAGAAAAAUAAAAUACAAUUUUUGAAAAGAUCAGGUUUAGCAUUGUUUAGUGUGUGACACACUGCAGCUACGUAUGGAAAUUAAACUUUUGCUGUUCAUCUAUCCCUUUUGUCUUUCAGAAGGCAAACAAAACAAAAAAUGGAUGACUGCUGCAUCUAUCUUCUUCACUGCAGAUGACUGAUUUGUAGGUAAAAAGAGGAUGGCUUUGCAUCAGUUCAUCGCUCAGUGUAUUGGCUGAUUGCAUACCUCUUUUGAAAUGCUGUUCAGAUCUGCCUUAAUGGAUUUCAGAGAGUUUGCUUUUGCUAGUCCACUGGACCAGGCCUACACAUUUACAUGUUCUCACCACUGUGCUUUUGUUUUCAGUGACAGAAGGCUGAAGACAUUAUGUGUGUUUAAUUUACAAACUGAUUUGUAUUCGGAUGAUAACAAUGAGCAUUACAUUAUGUACAAUUGCAGAGUAUAAGGGAUGUAACUAUUGUAUUGUUAAAAUAUAGAAGUAAUUUAUAAGCCAGGGUUGUUUUGUAUAUUACUGCACAGAAAUGUCAUUUUUAAUGUUGCACUUCUAUGGCUGUGUUUUUUUUUUCGUUUUUCUCAGAAAUGUAAACCAAGGGUUCAGGGAAGUAAACAGACAAUGAGUUACUAAGGAGGUGAAGCAGAAAGACCAAAUAAGGUUUUACUGUGUUUUCAGGCAGAUAGAAUAACGUUGCUAAAAGGACAAAAAAACAAAAACUGCAUUGUUUACAGUGAUCACAUUAUAGUGCAUCUAUCUGGCUGUGCCUAUUUUACCUCUUUAAAAUACAGUUCUCAGUGGGCUUACUUGGGUACCAAAAAUAUGUAACCUAAUACAUGUGUAAAGUCUGUUUACUAA